ACUGCUGCUGCUCGGGCGGGACCCAGGCUGGACCGCGGGCCCCGGCCUGGGGGCCACAGCUGCCGCCGCCGCCGCCGCCUCUCUCCUCCCCGACCCCGCCCCGCCCCGCGUCUCCCCUCGUCGCUCGGGCCCGCGGCCGGGGUCCCUCCCCGCCGCCCCACCCCGAGCAGAUGCCGAAGGUGAAGGCGCUGCAAUGCGCCCUGGCGCUGGAGAUCCGCUCUGUAACUUGUCCAGGAGUGCUACUGAAAGACAAGGAGGACAUCUAUCUUAGCAUCUGUGUGUUUGGCCAAUACAAAAAGACACAAUGUGUCCCAGCCACUUUUCCACUGGUCUUCAAUGCCAGAAUGGUGUUUGAAAAGGUGUUCCCUGAAGCAGUAGACCCUGGAGAUGUGGUUGCACAGCUUGAAUGUGAUACAGCCUUGUUUGAGUUGAUUCAGCUAGUUCCACCAGUGGGCGAAACACUAUCUACAUAUGAAGAAAAUACACGAGAUUUCAUGUUCCCGGGUCCAAACCAGAUUUCUGGACACCAUGAUUCAAACCGCCAGGUUACCAUGAGGAGGAUUUCUGGCCUUCGAGGAAUUGCUCCAAAGCUGGAGUUUUCUACAACCUCAGUGAUUACUGAAUGUCUGAUAAGUUCAAGGAAGUGCCGCACUCAGGAUAAAUUUAUUUACCAUACGGCUCCAGUUGAAAAAUCACACGGCAGACUGCAAAGCAGAACAGCAAGACCACAAAAGAAAAAAUCCAAGUCACCUGAGAGAAAUAAAUAUUGCGUAAAUGCAAAAAACUACGAACAGCCUACAAUAUCUUCAAAAUCACACUCUCCAUCUCCCUACACAAAAAGACGCAUGUGUGAGCUAUCUGAAGACACCAGGCGGCGGCUAGCCCAUUUAAAUCUGGGACCCUAUGAAUUCAAAAAAGAAACAGAUAAACCUCCAUUUGUGAUUAGACAUGUUGAUCCCCCAAGUCCCAGGGCUGAUGCUUUAUUUGGAUCUUCUGGCAGAGACUGUGAAAGAGAUGGGUGGUCCAGGAUGCACAAUGAUCAUUCUCAUCUGAGUUGCUACCGACCCAAAGAAUAUAAGCAGGUUAUCAGGACACCCCAUGGGAGAGACUUCGAUGACUCUUUGGAAAGUUGUGAUGAGUAUUUGAGCUCAAGGUCAUGUAGCAAGCCCCAGCAUUCAGCGAGGACCUUACUGGUCCAUUCAGCACCCUCAACAAUGCCCAAGCAUUCUCCAAGCCCAGUGUUAAAUCGAGCUUCUCUCAGGGAAAGAUUUCAUUCUGAUUGGUGUUCACCUUCAAACUGCGAUGAGAUCCAUGACCGGGUAAAAAAUGUCUUGAAAUCACAUCAGGCUCAUCAAAGACAUUUAUAUGAUGAGAGAGACCCAGAGAAAGAAGAUGAAUUGGAACUGAAAAGAGGUCUUUUAUACAGAGACUCUGCCUAUGAGAGUGACCCAGAGUAUAGCUCAUAUCAGCGGCCACGUGGCACUCUCCAUUUGGAUGAUGGCGAAUACUGGUCCAACAGGGCAGCCUCUUAUAAAGGAAAAUGCCACCGACCCAUCUUUGAGAACAGCAUGGACAAAAUGUACAGGAACUUAUACAAAAAGGCCUGUAGUUCUGUUUCUCAUACACAGGAAAGCUUCUGAGACCAUCUGCAAUAAACUGUAUGAGUGUCCGUGUCAACGUCUCAAUGAAAACGUUUGAUGUGAUCAAUAUCUGUAUUCCUUUUUUUUUGUAAAGACCAGGGAGUUCUUGGGGCCGGCCCAGUAGCACAGUGAUUAAGUUCACGCACUCCACUUCAGUGGCCUAGGGUUCGCAGGUUCGGAUCCUGGGCACAGACCUACGCCCCGCUUAUCAAGCCAUGCUGUGGCAGGCAUCCCACAUAUAAAGUAGAGGAGGCUGGGCACGAAUGUUACCCCAGGGCCAAUCUUCCUCAGCAAAAAGAGGAGGAUUGGCAAUGGAUGUUAGCUCAGGGCUAAUCUUCCUCACCUAAAAAAAAAAAAAAACAAUUCUAAUUGAGUACAGUAGUUAGACUUAAAUAAGUUCAUUACUUCAGAUGGUAAAUGAUCACAGGCAAUCCUUUUUUUUAUCACAGAAGAGAAUGCUGUGUUCCAAAAGUCAGAGCUCUGCCAAACAGUCUCAGCGUGCAGUCUAUGAAAAGGACAUCUGUCACAUCUAUCCCAUUUCACCAUCUGCAAAUCCAGGGUAGAUUCUCUCCAGAAAUAGUCUUCUGCCUUAGUCACCUUGGAAUUUUCUUUUCAUCUCCUUGACUGAUUAUCUUAUCUUAGUAAGAUUUAAUUAAUAUUAGCUCCCUUUUCUUGAUAAUGAGCGAAAAGAUAUACUGUACAGAAAUUAAUUUCCCAAGUGUUUAAACCCUAUUUUAGCUAGUAUUUUCUACUCUUUUCUCCCUUAGAAAGGGCUAUUUAUAUUUCUUAGCUCAUAAGAAAUAGCUUUCUUUUUAAGGUUUGUAUAAUCAUUCGCUCCCUCUCUAAGAGAACUACCUGUUACCUAAAAUGUGUAGCAGUUAGGUAGAUAUAGCAGUGGCCGUGUAUGACGCAAAAUGUGAGUAACUGAUUUUUAAAGACAGGAUUCUUGGCAUGGUUUUCUUCUUUGGGCCAUAUCUUUUAGUGCAACCAGAAUCAGAAAAUAACCUUUGUUAAUGAGCGUGUACAGACUCAAAAAGAAUAAGGGAAUUAUAUUGUAAUUUUACCUCUUUAGAGUUUUCAUAGAUACCAAAUGGUCCAAGAAAGUAGUAUGCUUACUUUAAAGGACACUUGGAGCCAUUAAGGGGAGUAAAAUAUUAUAACAGAACUCUUUGUAGUAGGCACUGGAAAGUCUGGUGGUUGAUAAAAUUAGCUCCUCCCUCAUCCCCCAAAUACAAACCUUUGAGGCCAGUGAACUUUGAAGAUGUGAAGAAAUCAGUUACCUCGUAUUUAUCAGAGAGUGAGUGGAAGGAAAGCAGACAAUAGGAAAUAGGUGAACUUGGCUUACAAGCUGGAAGAGUUGACUACAAGGUCGUGUUUUCUCAUUGACUCCAUCUUUGGCUAUUUCUACAGUUAUGAUUUAAAAAGAAAAAAAAAUUGACUUGAACUUCACUUGAAUUGAAAUUAACGUGUAAAAUUGGCUGACUUAUUUUUAUAUUAGGAGAAAAUAUAUAAUGCUCGUUAUCUAAUAAUAGGACUUUUAAACUUCAUGCUAAGAGUGUUGUAGUAUGGCAGUCUGAUAUAUCAGAAAGCACGUCAGAGAUAGGAGCCGGGAGUCCUAGGCUUUAGUUCCAUCUCUGCCAUUUUCUAGCUGAGUCUCUUUACUUCUCUGGUCUUUGGUUUCCUCGGCUGUCAAAUGAAGAGAAUGGAGUAGAUCAGCAUUUCCUGAACCGUGUUCUGUGGAACACUGAUCAGGAGAUGGUUAUAGGAAUGUAGACCCCAGUGUUUCGUUGGUCAUAUAAGUUGAGGAAAACCUGUGCACUAUAUUCACUCCCCUCUUCCCGCCCCCUUCCCCCUCCCCCAGUUUAGAGAGUCAUAGGUAGGAUGGCGGGUGAAAGGGCGUGCUAUUGAUGCAGAAACAACAGUUAUAACCUGGAGCUGUCCCACAAACUAGGACAUGUGGUCAUCAUAGUCAUAGUCAACAUUAGCAUGGUGGAGGCUCUAAGAAAUCCUGGUGUAAACCUGUUUUGCUCUAGCACCUAGUAGAGAGUCAGGCACAUAGUCGGUGUUCAUUAAAUAUUGAAUUACUCCAGAAUUUCCUAAGCUAAAUUGAGGAUGUAACACUAUUUGUUGUUAUGGCCAUCCGUCCCCUUCCAUUCUGCCCCCCUCAGCUCUCCACACUCCUUCUCAAAUGCCAUCCUCAGAUACAUGUGGACCCCAGUUGGGGACAUGAUGGACUAUAUGAUCACUGAGGUACUCUCCCGCUGUAGGUUAUAUGAUGUUUUGUACAGUAAGUUUUUGGAGGUCAACAUUGAAUAAUGCCCUUUUUAAAAACAUCACAUCCUCAGUGAAACUUAGCCAGCUCUGGUGGUCUAGUAGUUAAGAUCAGCACUCUCAGCACCACGGCCGGGAUUCAUUUCCCGCUCAGGGAACCACACCAACCGUCGGUUGUUUGUCAUACUGUGGUGGCUGCGUGUUGCUGUGAUGCUGAAAGCUAUGCCACUGGUAUUUCAGAUACCAGCAGGGUCACCCAUGGUGGACAGGUUUCAGAGAAGCUUCCAGACUAGACAAACUAGGAAGAAGGACCUGGCCACCCACUGCUGAAAAAUUAGCCGUGAAAACCCUAUGAAUAGCAAAGGAGCAUUAUCUGAUAUAGCACCAGAAGGUAAAAAGAUGGUACAAAAGACCAGGUGGGGUUCAACUGUGUUCUACACAGGGGUGCUAGGAGUCAGAAUCGAUUCAAUGUCACUAACAACGGUGAAACAUAGUAUGGUUUUUGUGUAUGUGUGGAAACAAAUGAAAAUUUCUUCCAUGUAAAAAUGCUGCUUGGUAAAAAGGACAAAUAUGAACUUCAAAGAAAAUGUUUGCUAUCCUAGAAAAUCUCCUGAGUGAACAAGUUCUUACUGCACCUGUAUCUGCCUUUGGCUGUGACAAAGGCCGCGAAAAGUGGGUCUCAAAGGGGAUCUUCAGAAGGUGACAUUCUGAAAGACAUUUUCCUGUGGAUUAAAGUUGACAUCUCUCUGAAGGAUCAGGUGCAAAUUUCCAGAUAUGUAGCAUCUUUGCUAAGAGUCUGAUUAUGUCCAUUCCCUAGGGUGAAAAAUAGUCUUUGUUGCUAUCCCUAACUAUUCCUGUGAAUUCUUAUGUUGUAUUAUCUUUAAAGAGCAAAGCCUGUAAGUACUAAUAGUUGUCUUUUCUCAUUGGUAGAAGCAGAAAGAUGCAGCUGUUUAUUCUCUUAGCCUUUUUUCUCUUUUUUCCACAGUCUAGUAAUAGUUAUUGGACUUAAUCUGAAAGAUAAAUAAGCCUUACUUCUUCCUUUUAAUGUAUUUUUUUCGUUUAAAUAAAAAAAACCCUUGGAAUAUUAGGAAGAAAAAUGUCAAUUCAACUAAGAAAAAAGAUGAAUCAUUGAACUGAAAGUGAGUUCUCCUCAGUUCCACUACUAGUUAUAUAACCUUGUUUAAGUUGUUUAUCCUUCUUGGAGCUCAGUUUUCUUACCUAUAUGGUGAUGAAGGGGUUAAGUUAGAAUGAUCUUUUAAUGUUCCAACAUUUCUAUGAUUGUAUAAUUGAUUAAUGUGGAAGAUCAGGAAUGUGGGCAGCAGAGUUGUUUUGUGACUUCAAAGAUUAAAAAUCUGGAGCAAAUAGAGAAUUCUCAUUAUUGUGUUCAUUUUCUAAUAAUAACUUUAUGAGAAAUAAUCACAUGCUGUAAAAUUCACCCUUUGAAAGUAUACAGUUGAGUAGUUUUUAGUAUAUUGACAGAGUUAUGCAACUAUAACCACUAGCUAAUUAUAAAAUAUUUCAUCACUCCAAAAAGAAAUCCUGUACCCAUUAGCAAUCACUUCUCACUCCCCUCUCCCCUCAACUCUCGGCAACCACUUAUCUGCAUUCUGUUUCUAUGCCUAUUCUGAACAUUUCAUACAAAUGCAGUCAUACAUUGUGUGGCCUUUUGUGUCUGGCUUCUUUCACUUAGCAUGUUUUCAGAGUUUGUCCAUGUUGUAACAUGUAUCAGUACUUCAUUUCUUUUUGUUACUAAAUAAUAAUCCACUGUAUGGUUAUACCACAUUUUGUUUAUUCAUUCAGUUGAUGGGGAUUUUCAUUGUUUUCACUUUUAAGAUAUUAUGAAAAAUGCUGGUAUGAACAUUUGUGUACAAGUUUUUGUGAGAACAUAUGUUUCCAUUUCUCUUGAGUAUACACCUAGGAGAGGAAUUGCUGGGUCAUAUGGAAACUCUAUAUUUAACAUUUUGAGUAAUUGCCAAACUGUUUUCCAAAGUGACUCUACCAUUCUACAAUUAUUGUGUUUAUUUUUAUCUUACCUUAAGAUCUUAGGCCAGUUACACAUUCAAGCAUUCAUCCACCCAUUCAUCACAUAUUUAUUGAGCUCUGUGUUAGAUGUAGAGGGUAUAAAAUUUUAAAAUGCAUCUUCCCACAUGUGUGAAGAGUCUAUUGAGAGAGACGAAUAACAGUGUAUUUCAACAUUUACAGUAGUUUAGUAACUUCUAUGAUAUAAGAAUGCAAGAAUGGGGAUAGGGCAACAGAACUUGAAAAGCGUGAAAAUAAGAGAAAGCAUGAUUGUUCAGGAAACUUCAAGUGCUUUAGCUGGAGAUGGUGUGCGAGGUUGCAAAUGCUUCAGUAGGAUAUGAUGAGUGCAAUAAGAGAACCACAAAGAGAAUGACAGGCCUGGAACAGGAUUAGAAAAGGCGACCUUUGAGCUGGACAUUGAAGGACUUUCGAGAAUAGGAAAUCAAAAUGGCAUAAACUAAAUAUUGAUCAGGUUUUUUGAGGGUGGAGAUGGGAUCGAAGAAAGUGUCCGGUAAUCAGUUAAAAAUAAAGAUCUAGAACUUGAGAGAACUCAAGAACAGAAAAUGGAUUUGUGAAGUCAGAUAAAAAUGAUGAAGUCUGAUAAUAAAUGAAAGCUCUAUGUUGUCCUUGUCCUAAUUUGUAUGUGACCAUAAUAGGCAUCCCAAGGGUAAUAGACCCCGAGCAGUUGCACAUGUUGCUUAUUAUUGGGGCCCUGGUGGUGGCAAGUUAGUUUGAGGGCCAUCCUUUUAGGAAUUAAGAAAAAUAUUCUUCUCCCAAUCCCAGAUUUUCUAACUAGCUAGAAAUUCAUGUACAAAAUGAAGAGGUAGGAGAGAAAACCCAAAUUUUUGUUAUUGAGUUAUUAUGAGGGUAUUAUUUAUCUCUGAAUGAUAUACUUUGAAUUUAACUAUAUAAAGUUCCUUAGACAAUCAGAGCUUGUGACUAUUCAUCCAUUUAACAAAUAUGACUGAAGGUGUACUGUGUUUCAGGCAAUCUGCAAAGAGAUAAACAAAAACACAGUUCCUGACCCGAGUUUGUAGGGAGAGAUUGACAUUCACUUAUCACAGUGAGAGAAGUACUAUAAUAGGUGACAGAAAUGCUAUAAGGACAGAAAGACAGUCCCAAUUAAUUUUUUUUUAAUGCCAAUCCUCCUCCUUUUUUUUUUUCCCCCUUUUUCUCCCCAAAGCCCCAGUAGAUAGUUGUAUGUCAUAGCUGCACAUCCUUCUAGUUGCUGUAUGUGGGACGGCCUCAGCAUGGCCGGACAAGCAGUGCAUCGGUGUGCGUCCGGAUCCGAACCCGGGCCGCCAGUAGCGGAGCGCGCGCACUUAACUGCUAAGCCACGGGGCAGGCCCGCCAAUUAAUUCUUCUUAGAGGUGCCAUAGCUUCAGAGAGGGAUGAUAAUUGAAAUUAUCUGAUGUUCUGUCUAGCUGGCCUGGAGAGCAUAUGCCUUAGAAAAUCACUUACUAGGAUUUGUAAAGUGGGAGGGAAAUAACCCAACACGGAACAGAUAUGAGUUUACCAACUGCCACACCUACCUUGUUGUCUAAAGGUUAAUAAAGUUAGUUAAGAAGCCCUUACUGCCUUUACCAAAAAUAACUCUGCUUUUGAGGGAAAAAAAUGUGUCUAUAAGAUAUUCAAGAAAGUGCAUUUUGCUACAUGUCUAUAGAUCACCUCCACAAGAGUACUGAAUGUGAGUUAGUGAGAUAAAUCAGGGUCUGAACUCAAGGAGCUUACCUUCACUAUUGAUGAAGAGUCAGACAAGUAAACAAUUAUAAUAUCUAUGGAUUCCCUCAUUUUUACUCUGUUAUGUUCUCUGUAGGAUCUUCUAGCACAGGUAUAUUUCAUCAUCUUUGUAUUGCCAGCACCACAACCUGGGCAUAUCUUUGUUAUGGCCCUUAACAAACUGAAUUAUCAAUUACUUUCUUAUGUGUCUUUUUCUACUGGUCUAGGGUCUUGUUCACCUCUGCACUGGUGGCACACAGUAGAUGUACAGUUGAACGACUAUAUGAAAGAAAAAUACAUGAAGGGCCACUAAAAACGAUUCAAAGCCUAACUCUAUCUGGAUAUAAAAAAUAAGAAGACCUGACAAGGGGCUGGGCCAGUUGCGUAGUGGUUCAGUUUGUGCGUUCCACUUUGGCGGCCCGUGGUUUGUGGGCCCAGAUGCUGGGUGUGGACCUACACGCUGCUCGUCAGGCCAUGCUGUGGCAGCGUCCCAUAUACAAAAACAGAGGAAGAUUGGCACAGAUUGUCAGGGACAAUCUUCCUCACCAAAAGAAAGAAAAAGACCUGAUAAGACUGUUGCUCUCAGUUAGUUUAUCUAUACCUGUAGCCAAAAAAGAGAAAAUGGAAAAGAUGAGAGAAAAAUCUUAGUUGUACCAUGGUCCUCAGAGAGAAAGAAAUGGUUCCUCAGUCGAGAGAGUUAACAUUUCUGUAGUGAAAUCUAUUUUUCAAAAGUACUCUUAAAUUAAGAAAAAAGUCUUAUAAUAUGACGGCUUGCCUUUUUGUUUCUCUGUAACUUGGCUAACUAACUAAGAUACUCAGUGUCAGGUGACUAGGGCUGGCUUCUAAACUCCUACUGUAGGAGGUGAUAAGUAUGGGGUUAGGCAAUGGACAGGAAGCAAUUGCCUGCAAUUGUUUCAAGCACCUCAUAUUCCAGUGGAGUUUUAAUCCCUUCUAUGAAAUGCAGAUUUCUUAGUCCCCAAGAUAAGCUUUAAAUGUUUUCUUUCCCAAUGUCUUAUCUUUUGUCAUUCACAAAGCAGUGCAUUUUUGACUGAAGGACUGAAUAAUUCUGUAUCUUCUAGCUUUCAGAUGUAACCAGCCUACUAAAUCUAGAAACUAUGGCUCUCUUGAUUAAGAAUUAGUAUGAUAAGUAAGGUAUUUAUGUAGACAUUUAAGAAAAACUGUCCCAAUGAAAUACACUCUUUUGUUUUCUUUUUUACUAAUAUCUUAAAUUGUGGUGUGAUGUAUUCAAACUGUGAUAAUUCACCUAAAUGAGUCUGAUGGAAGAGAGUGUGUUCUGCUCUAAUUUGUGUGGUAUAUGAAUUGUUUGCAGGUUUU